GGUUUGAUUGUAGCGUGGGGAAUGAGGGUAAGAACUUUGUGGCCUGAAGUUGCUGAAAGGGCUAAUGCCAUAAAAACCAUCUUCCUCAACGCCCUGCAGUCCAGUGUGCCGGAACAAGAUCAGUUAGGCGAUGCAGUGGCAAAGCUGGUUCUUGUGCAUACAAUGGUAAGUAGUUGGUUGCAAUAUGAUUUAGUAGGUAUAAUAAAGAGAAUUUUUUUAAUCUGUUACUGAAAAGGCAGUAUGAUAAAUCGUAUUCCAGGGUUCGAAUUAGCGGCUCGCUAUUUGCAAUUUGUUAAUGCAAAUUUGCUUAUUGCGAAAUGCAAAAUCAUCCAUUUUGUGAAUGACUUUUUGCAAAAACAAUGUGCAAAUUUUCAAGAAGGAAAUUUGCAAAUCGAUUUUUUCCUGUCUAAUUCGAACCCUGGUUCCCAUAACAAAUAUUUUUCCUUUAUCUUUUAAUAUUUUCCUUUUGUCUUUUUCCAUUGUCAGUAUCAAUUAGUAAUGAAAAAACAUACUUUCUGGGGUGUUUAUUUUGAUCAUCUGGAAUUGACAACGAUCCAGCUUGUCUUCUGCUUGUUUAGUUAAUGAAUAUUUUUAUAAAGAAAUUGAUCAGAUUUCUUCGUUUUAAAAUUUAUUUAAGAUCCAUGCCACUGUUGAGCAACGGCCAAGGAUUGCAGAGGUACUUCAAACCUUUGUUGCCAGUGCCAAAUCUGUGUCGGUGUUGCAGAGGCUGCAGAGAUCAGUAAUUCAAAAACUGACCAAUGAUGAUGAAGUAUGUUUGAAAAUGAAGAACAGAUGGAAAAAUUAUGAAAUAAAAAUUUGGAAACUAAGUAGACAUUCAAUUUAUUAAAACAUUUUAACCUUUUCAGGAAGGACCUGCGGCUUUGACGUGGAUCAACCCUUCAGGGACCGUCGCAACAAAGACCAGUGGGGAGGGACGUGUACCAUCAACAGGAUUUAGAAAGGUUGUCUUCCAAGAUCUCGAGGUCACGUGGGAGGUGAGUCUAGUAAUGUUUAAAUAUUAAACUCUAUUAGAAAUGGUUUUAUGCUGGAUGAGAACAUGUAAACAGCUUUUAUUCCUUGAUUUAUCUAUACAGUUUUAUUCUUGUUAUAUAGGAGGUCGUUGAUGUGAUAACGAAGACCGCUGUGAACCCAACCAGUCGGUCUAUUGCCUUUGCCAAGGUCCCCACGGCGACAAUAGCAGACCUGCGAAGUAAAAGGAACUACGACUUGAUCACUACCGGCCAGGGCAUCAAGAUCCCGAACAGACUAUUUGACCCACUGUUCUUGGUUUGGAUCAACUAUUGUAAGUUACAAAUCAGUAUUUUUUUUAAUAACUGUGGAAUUACAUUGUAAAUAUUAUUUGUAAUUGUGGAAUUUGGAAGGGGCCGUAAUAUAAAAUGAAUUAAUCUGCCAUAUAAUAUAAUAAGAUAUUUGUAAUUUGAAAUUAAUAGUAUUGAAAAUGUCCUUGUCCUUCUUCAGGCUUGAGUUGUUUCCAAGCUAGACUUUGAAUGGACAGAGUUUUUCCUGAUUGAAAAUUUGCAGCCAAUUGUAUAUAAACCACAAUAUUCGUGACUUGCAAUCAAUCCCUUGAGACUUAGAAACAGUGACCAUGUUGGUUCCAAAUUCGCCCACAAAUUGAAAUUGCAAGUCAAGAAUUGUAUUUUUUUGUGUAGUUGCCAGGGUAACACGUGAGAGACCGGAGGAUAGGUAUGAUCCACGCGAGGCAAUCAUCUUGAGUGCAGAUGCCCAGGCUGAGCUGGAAAACUUGGAGAAAGAAGUAAUUGAUCUAGUUGCAGGUAUAAGUUCGAGAAUUUGGAGAAUGAUAGAGAAUUGAACAAAUAGCACAAUAUUUCAAGUCAUUGGGAAACUAUUCAAAUUUGAAAAAAAAUUAUUUCAACUUUAAUGAAACCAGUUAUUGCGAUAGUCAUGUAUGAAGUUAACUUGUUCGUCAUUUAGGCAAAAAAAAAUAUGUGGGUUUCCGGUUUCCCGACCCUUAAUGGACGUCGAAAUCCCGACCCUAAACUUUUUUAUUGGAUCAUGUUUGUAAGUGUUUCCACUUAGAGGAAAAAGUUUGUGGAAAAUUGAAAUUUGAGGCAAUAUUAGGGAAAUUUAUCUUUGGAUGUGGAAGCACUGACUAAACAAAAUGGCGUGCGCUUGUUCGGAAAAUUAAAAAAAAAAGUUAAAACCGACCUACCCUACCUAAGUUUUUAUGAGAAGAAACCGGAAACCCACAUAUUUUUUUUUGGCCUUACGUAUAGUUGAUAUUGAAAAUGGUUUUAGAACUACUGCAUAUUCUUGUCUUUAAAAACUAACCAUUUACAAAGCAAAUAUACCAUCCAUCAAAAAAUUAUAAAAAAAGUCGCUGUUAUUUGGACUUAUCUCGCAGACUUGGCUGAAAAGCCACGCAAAAAUGGCACCGUGAGAAAUUAAAAGCUCAUUGAAUUGAAUUUUUAAUUAUCAGGUGCAUGAAAUCCUGUACAAGAAUUAUCAUUUGGCAAACAUUUGGUGAAAUUUUCGUACAAUUAAACAUUAUUAAGCCAUAUAACACUGAAUGGCACAAUAUAGAGCGUUUGUGUUAAUAUAUCACCUCAUAACUAAGUUAGAAUGACCUAAUUGACAAGGGUUAAAUCGAAGGUGCAUAAUUAUAAUUAUAUUUUUUCAGGUCUCUUCUCGAUUCGCAACCUUUUUCAUGUCCGACCUGACACCAAUGAAACUGCCACAGAGGUAGACCAAUAUUUACAAAGUUGUUUUUUAAAUUUCUUUUGCUUAAAAUUUAUAUGUUUGCAGAAGUCGACAAAUUACUAAACUUUGUUAUCUUUUGGUAUACUGUACCCAUUUGCAAGCUAAUUUCCUAUAGAGAGCUCAUAUUUGAAGUUGGUAUUAUUCUCCGGAUUUUAUUCUUUUAAUAAUACACAUGAUGAAAGUAUUUCAUCGAUUUUUAGUCUCCGACUACUGGAACCAAGCGCCGCAUUGAGAAUGAAAAUCCUACAGCCAAAAGAAGAUCUCGGGUACAUAUUUAUAUAAGCUGUAAGAAAGAGCUUCCUGUAACAUCCAGUUACGUUGUUUUAGAGCGUAUAAAAUUAUGUUGUUGAUUAAAAUAUGUAUUUACUACAACAACAAAAGAAGAAUAUUGGUUUAAGUAAUUAAUUAAUUGUUGAGUCAUGUUUCUUUGAUGCACCAUAGGAUGUAUAUAGGUUAUAUCCUGUGAAUGGAUAGUUUAUUAAACUUGUCGACAAAACUAGAAAAAGUUUUAUCCAGAGUCUUCAUAAUUGACGAAACCUUGUUUGAAAACUUCAACUGGUAAUAAAUUCGAACUUUGGAUAUAAAUCAUAUAUCUGUUCUCGGGGUCUGUAGGUCCUUGUGCCAGUAUGACUUAUACCAGCAGUCUCAGUUUACAACCAUACUGAAAUAUUAUUUUUUUAGGGAUACCAUGCGAACCAACACCGUCUCGCUCAUCCUGAUAGUCGAAGUUCAGGUACAUGAAUUUUAGUACAAAGUUUGCAUGUUGCAACUUUGUAUUAUUGCUGUGAAUGAUUUUAUAUAUUAUAGCAUUUGUAUAUUUUGAAUGCUGAUUGGCUAAGAGAAACAGAAACAUUGGAAAAUUUCUUUUUUGUAUUUCUUUGUGCUAUAUUAUAAAACCAAUAUAAAACAUUCUUUUCGUAUUGAUGUAUGUACUAUUUAAAGCACGCGUAGGAGUGUUUUAUCACAUAUAAAACACGACGCGUAGCGGAGUGUUUUAUAUGUGAUAAAACACGACUACAAGUGCUUUAAAUGGCUUAAAAAACGACUCAUCUUAUACGAGUUCAUUGGCGAAGUAAUUUUUAAAAUAAACUUUGUCUAAACCGAGAAAAUCAAAGCUAAAGUUUAUGUAAAUUAACAUGAUUUUUUAUCACAUAUAAAACCACGACACGCUUAUGAUUUUUCUUUGUUUUUUGCUCCUGAAUUAUUAAUGAGUUUUUUAAAGUUAUAUCAACACUCGUGGAAAUCGUGAAAACUUGAAAUUGUGUGAAAACACACCGCCCUUCAGGUGUCAUAUUUCCACCAAAUUUCUGGUUUUCCCAAUUUCCACCUGUGUUGAUAUAAUUGUAUAUGAACGUGGAAAAUGUCUCAUAUUUGUUAAAUAUGUAUAGACUAUUGUAUGUUUUACUUUUGUGAAGUCGACGAAAACUCCAUGGAUUACGCUAGGAUUGUUGUAGAUUAUGUCCAAUAUACUUGCAUUGUAUGAACUUCUUGGGCAGGGGUGCAACUUGACUCCACGUGGGGUUCAAGUGAGUUCUUCUUGCCCUAAUAAAAGGGAGUGUUCAGCAAUCAAUCUGCCAUAAAAUUGUGAAUUUUUCUAUCGUUACCUUAGAUUAUUUUAACUGCACUGUGUGACAUUCAGCCCAACAGUAGGCAAAUUUUGUCGGAGUAUCAUACCAUCUUUAAAUUUGGGGGUGUUAAGUUUAUAUAUUGACAACACUUAUAAAACUAUCUCAAUUAAACUUACAUGGUAUCAGAGUUCAAAUGUCUAUAUAAUUACAUUUUUUUCUUCAUAGAAUCCAGUGAUGCAGAUCUUUCUGCCUGUGAAGACGUUGAUGGUAUGGAUGAAUUUGUAAUCUAUUCAACAGUAGGCAAAAUUUGUCGGAGUAUCCAUACCAUCUUUAAAUUUGGGGGUGUUAAGUUUAUAUAUUGACAACACUUAUAAAACUAUCUCAAUUAAACUUACAUGGUAUCAGAGUUCAAAUGUCUAUAUAAUUACAUUUUUUUCUUCAUAGAAUCCAGUGAUGCAGAUCUUUCUGCCUGUGAAGACGUUGAUGGUAUGGAUGAAUUUGUAAUCUAUUCAACAGUAGGCAAAAUUUGUCGGAGUAUCCAUACCAUCUUUAAAUUUGGGGGUGUUAAGUUUAUAUAUUGACAACACUUAUAAAACUAUCUCAAUUAAACUUACAUGGUAUCAGAGUUCAAAUGUCUAUAUAAUUACAUUUUUUUCUUCAUAGAAUCCAGUGAUGCAGAUCUUUCUGCCUGUGAAGACGUUGAUG